AUGAAGAAAAUUUACCUAAAGAAGAAAGUGGAGCAGAUCGCUGGUAACGCAGAUCAUAAGACUGUCGAAGAGGAGGAGAAAGCCUUCGUUCCAGAACAGAGAGGCAAAGUCGGUGUGGUCCAUGAUUUUCUUCAUAGAACUACGACAAAAUCGACGUCAGCCGUUUGUCAAUUGAGGAAAGAUUACGUCAACAGCAAAACGCAUGUCCAGAUGUUAGAUUUGUACGACGUCGAGGCAUUUGAUAAUCACGAUGGUGGUGCAUGGAAGCAGGGUUGGAGCAUAGGGGGUAAGAUCCAUCACUCCUCCUAUCGCAACUAUGGUUGGGAGAUUACCUACGACAAGGACAAGGUUGCUCAGGAAAAGAAACUGGAAGUGAUCGUGAUAACACACUCUCACUGUGACCCUGAUUGGAUUAAAACAGUAUUACGCAUCCCAGACCAAGAAAAUUUUGGAUGGAAUAGUAGAAUGCGCUUCAUAUAUGCUGAAAUAUUAUUUUUCGAGCUGUGGUGGAAGGACCAAAGUGAGGAAGUGAGGAAAAAAGUUAGGGAGCUACUGGAUAGUGGGAAGUUGAAAAUCGUCACGGGUGGAUGGGUUAUGACCGACGAGGCCAAUGCUCAUUAUUUCUCCAUCAUUACCGAACUCAUGGAAGGACACAAAUGCAUCAAAAAUCAUCUGGGAGGUUUUCGUCCGACUAGUCAUUGGCCAAAAGAUCCAUUCGGUUUAUCACCAUCGACACCAUAUCUCUUGACUGCAGCUAAUAUAACGAAUGCAGCCAUACAAAGUGGGACUUAUGCUUGA